AUGGACACUGCUUCGCUUCCCCCUCUGGCAUCGGCCCACGUGGUCUCGCUCGAGAGCGGAGCAUACAGGACCAUGUUCAGGAACGCCUUUCUCGAACUUCACGUCCCCAAAACUGACAGAGUGCAACGUCAUUACCUUAGCUUACUAGAGACUUGCAUGGACCUUUCCACCUCGCAACCAUCCUUACUGUGUGGACUCGACGCACUCAGCCUGGUCCAACUCGGGAGCGUCGAGAACGACCGGCGUUUGAUCGAGUCAGCACGCCAGAAUUACACCAAGGCACUGACUGAGCUCCGUUCUGUUCUAUCCACGCAACAAGCACUCCAUGACGAUCACGUCCUGGCAGCGGUCAUGAUAAUGAAGUACUGUGAGCUCUACACUGAGCUUGCUAGCCCGAAAGGUGUCGGAUGGGCCGGGCAUGUUUGUGCUGCACAGCGUCUGCUGACUGUCCGUGGGCCGGCUUUGGUACGGAGUGAUCUGUCCAUGGAGCUAUACGCAAAUGCAAGGCAGAGUGCACUUUGCUACUCCCUUGUGGAUCGAAAAGCUUGCGCCCUUGCCCAACCGGGCUGGAGGGCAAUCGGCAACCGAACAAGGGUGAAAGACAAGUCGUUCAUUUUCCAUGAGCUUGCACUUCAGAUUCCGGGUCUACUGGAGCAACACGAUGGUCUAGACAUUCAACAUCACGACCAGGAUCAGGUUACUCAAAUCGAUGUAAUCUUGGCCAAAGCGGCAGCCAUCGAACAAGACUUGCGAGCCUGGCUAUUGCACUGGGCUACAGAUGAACCACAGUACGAGACCAGACCAGUCGAUGACUUCUCGACCUUCGCCACUCAAUGUUCCGACCGCACAUUUAGCACGGCAUUCGCGUUCGGGAACUUCAUGGCCGCCUAUCUCCACUCCAUGUACUGGAUCUGCAUGUACUUCCUACGCAUAACCAUUCGUGCCUUGCACGCAGCUCGUGCCGUCGUCAUCCCGAGCUCUAGGCCCCAUGCCAACCAGCAGGUAUCCGAAGAGGAGAUACUGGAAUAUGUCUUCAAUGCAUGCCGGUGCAUACCUUACUUCUGCGAACCUGCCAGCUCAACCAUGGGAUGCAUCGGCAUGUUCCUUCCGCUGCGAACAGCGGCGUUUUACUUUGUCGGCGCGAGCAUGGUGGGCCCGGCAGAAUGGAUUGGCAAUGUUGAUGAGCUAGAGUGGAGACGUAAGUAG